CUGUCUUCUUCCUCAUCUCAUUCACUCACUCCCUGUGUCCCCUCGGUGUCAUGCUUCCCUUAAACUGGUCGACUCACCCUAGCUACGAUAGAUAACUAAUCUAUCUACUUUGGGCCACGAUGGCCGUCCAGUCGAAGCUCCUUCUCCCCCUACCGCCCGAGCGAUGGUCCAUACCGUUACGUCAACUCCUCUCCCGAUUCACCUCCCUCUACCUCCGCCACCGCAAACAGGUCUCCCGAACCGUCUACCUCGCCCUCUUCGCCGCUCUCGCCAAGCGCAUCCACAAUGCCAUCUCCGAGCAGAAAGCCGCCUCCCAACAGCAGGCAGAGAUGCGGAGCAAACGGCCCGGAACCAGCAGUCUCGGCGACGGCGGUAACGGCAACGGCGCCGGCGCCGGUGAAAUACCCCGGAAGAAGGUCGAAGUGAAUCGCGAGUUCUUCCGGAACCUCUUUCGACUGCUGAAGAUUGUGAUCCCGGGGUGGAGGAGUAAGGAACUGCGGUUGUUAUUCGGCCAUAGUGUGUUUCUCGUGCUGAGGACAUUAUUGAGUCUGUAUGUCGCCGAGCUGGACGGGCGGUUGGUGAGUAAUCUGGUGAGGGGCAAGGGGAAGGAUUUCUUACUGGGAUUGGUGUGGUGGAUGAUUGUUGCUGUGCCGGCGACGUUUACGAAUUCGAUGCUCUCAUACCACCAAUGCAAGCUGGCUCUCAGCUAUCGCAAGCGUCUCACCGACUAUAUUCAUGAGAAGUACCUCUCGAACAUGACGUUCUAUGCCAUCUCCGCCCUCGACGAUCGCGUCAAGAACCCCGAUCAGCUCAUCACCGUCGACGUGUCUCGCUUUUCUGACAGUCUGGCCGAGCUAUACUCCAACCUGGCCAAGCCAGUUCUCGACAUGGCGAUCUACAACUACUCGCUUUCGAAAAGUGUUGGCGGCGAGGGUCUUUUCCUCAUGAGCCUUUUGGUGCAGAUCUCGGCCAACGUCAUGCGGGCUCUCACGCCGCCCUUCGGGAAAUACGUGGCUGACGAGGCUCGUCUGGAAGGAGAGUUCCGGUUCCUCCACUCGCGCCUACUUGACUAUAGCGAGGAGAUUGCGCUAUACCAUGGCCAUGAGGCAGAGAAAGACACGCUCGACAAGGGUUAUUUCACUCUCAUCAAGCAUGUCAAUCGCAUUCUUCGGAGACGUCUUUAUCAUGGCUUCAUGGAAGAUUUCGUGAUCAAGUACUUCUGGGGCGCUCUGGGCCUAGUCCUCUGCAGUAUCCCUGUCUUCUUCAAGAUCCCCGGCCAAGUCACGCAGACCAUGGGUGACCGUACCGAAAGCUUCGUAACGAACCGUCGCAUGCUCCUCUCCUCCUCCGACGCAUUCGGCCGCCUCAUGUUCUCCUACAAGGAAAUCUCCGAACUGGCCGGCCACACAGCACGAGUUUCGACCCUGUUAGAAGUCAUGGACGACCUUCAAUCCGGCCACUUCGAGAAGAAGCUCGUCUCCUCCGCCACCGACUCGACCUCCGACCACGCGGCGACCCUCUCCUCGCGCGGCACCGUCACCGAAACCGCCGACUCGAUCGAGUUCCAGAACGUGCCCAUCAUCUCCCCGAACGGCGACAUCCUCGUGCGCGCCCUCUCCUUCACCGUCCACCCAGGCGACCACCUCCUGAUCGUCGGCCCCAACGGCUGCGGCAAGUCCUCCCUCUUCCGCAUCCUGGGCGGCCUCUGGCCCGUAUACGGCGGCACCGUGCACAAGCCGCCACCAGACCAGAUCUUCUACAUCCCGCAGCGACCGUACCUCUCGCGCGGCACCCUCCGCCAACAGGUCAUCUACCCGGACAACCUCCGCGAGAUGCGCGCCAAGGGCAUCACGGACGACGACCUGUACGAGAUCCUGUCGGUGGUCGAGAUCGCCGGCGUCGUCGACCGCCCCGGCGGCUGGGACGCCGAGGAGGAGUGGCGCGACGUCCUCUCCGGCGGCCUGCAGCAGCGCAUCGCCAUGGCCCGCCUCUUCUACCACCGCCCCCAGUACGCCAUCCUCGACGAGUGCACCUCCUCCGUCACCCUCGAGGUCGAGCGCAUCAUGUACGAGACCGCCAAGCGCCUCGGCAUCACCCUCAUGACCGUCUCGCACCGUCGCAGCCUGUGGAAAUACCACCGUCGUAUCCUCCAGUUCGACGGCCAGGGCGGGUAUAUUUUUACCAAGCUCGACUGGGAGCGACGGCUGAAAUUGGAAGACGAGAAAGAAGACCUGGAGCUCCAUCUCCGAGCGGUGCCGGAACUGCAGAAACGCAUGGCCGAGUUGAGUGCCUGAGGGACGGGCGGGUCGGAUACAUAUACACUCGUCUUUUCGUUUCACUUGGAUAUAGAUCCUUAUCGUUAUGCAUCUAGCUGUAUCUCCC